AAAGAUAUUAAAAAUGCAAGACUGCCUGUCUCCUUUUCAGCGUUAACCAUUCUAAUUGGGCUUUUGAAAACGAGCAAAGAACUUCAUCUCGUCUUCCUUCACUUUCUGUUUCACUAAUCUUUCUUUCCCUUCGGAAAUAAUUUCACAUAAAGCUUCGCAAUGGUAAAACAAUACGGACUUUACACCUGGCUGAUGCGCCCAGCCCAGCUCAUCACUGCUUCAAUUGUACUGGGUCUGUCAGCAGCAUUGGUCGAUCAGCAAACCACUGGUGGUUCUCCUCCCAGAAUUAACUUUGCUGUCGCAGUUGGUUGUAUUAGUAUUAUUUGUUUCUUCAUUACUGCCUUUGGUGUCUUCCUCCCCAACAUCUUGGGUCAUCCUUGGUUCAUUUCCGCUCUCGACUUCAUUAACAUGAUUCUUUGUUUGGCCGGUGGUGUUGCUCUCGCAGUUGCUAUUCGUGUGCACGCCUGUAACAACCAACCAUACUUGGAUGCCAACAGAUACACUCAAGGUUCUGGUAAACGUUGUCGUGAGUUGAAGGCAUUGACCUUCUUCCUUUGGUGGCUCUUUGCUUUGUACUUUGUGUCUUGGGUUGUUCAAUUCUUCAUCGCAAAGCAGAACAUCCCUUCUUCAACUUACAAGGGUCGCAAGAGAGGACCCGCUGUCGCACCUCGUCCUGCCGUCUCGGCUGUUUAAGCCUAGCGGCCAGCUGUUUGCUCGUGUGGCAGACUAGGCUGAUGCGAAAAAAUAAGAGAAUACGAAGUGACAGUUGCAAUUGCUAUACGGACCUGCGUGUGUUCACAGUACCUAUGAACACACAGCUUCCUUUUUUUCAGCUUGUCCGCCAGUUGCAAUUAUUGUUGCCUGCGCUCGCAGUCUCUUACACUCGAUGACGAUGAUGAUAUUAAUAAUGUGUGUGUAUGUGUGUGUGAUUCUUUUUCUCUUUUGCUUUCUUCUCAACGACGACUUACUACAACUACAACUUCUGAUCAAAUCUUUUUUCUUUUUAUCUCUUACCUUUUCCUUUCCUUCACACUUCUCAACUGCUGUGCGGCCGUCUGUGCCGCCUCGUCUGUGUUCGUGUGGAGGAAACCCCGUCGCACGAAAUCCGUGUUUUCUUUAAUCCUUGCUGUUUAUUAUCCAAUUAGCAGUGAGCAUGUUUCAUUACUUCCUUUUCUCGUCUUUGCUUACUAAACAAAGGCGAGGUAGCAAUGGCGGCGACUUGCAAUUUACUGAAUGGACCCUGCCACAAAGUAAAUGACCGAUCAUCAAAUCAUUGUAACUCAUCCCGGCUUUUAACUUCUACUGAAAUUGUCACAGUUACUAGCGUGUUGAGUGCAUGAUAGCGAUGACAUUCAUUCGCCGACCGUCUCGGAUGAUAAGAACAAUUGCCUGUUGUGCAAGUUAAAACAAUCAACAGGGUCGACUUUUGUUCCGCUUUCUAUUGAGAGCAACUAUUAAACGUGGGAAAACAAACGGAUUUUCAACAAACUGACUGAUGCACCGUUGUCGAAGAUGUGGAGAGGAGCCUCUCUUGGUGUGUGCUCUUUCUUUUGUCUUUUCCUCUUACUCUUCGCCAGCAGGCAUUUCGCGAGGACUCGAUUGCAUCAACGAUUGAAGCAAUGCAUUCCGUUGUCAUUGAGGGGCGAAUUCCUUCGUGGUUUAAUUUCGUCGCAGAAAUGCCUCUAGUAUUUCUGACGGCGGCUGCAAUAAUGCGUUCCCCCAUGGGCGUAAUGUGUUUGCCUUGCCUUUACUCGUGAUGCUUCCUAUCCGGAAAACACUGUCUUUCCGAUCAGUACGUGCUGUCUCACAUUUGGAGAAUAUUCAUGAUUACUGGCUCGUCUAGAUUCAUGCAAACUUCUAUUCUUCAAAGGACCUACUAUGCUGACGCGCUGUUAGUUGGUGUACCAUAUUUUUUGUAUUGUUAUGAACGUGAUGCCACAUCAAUUGAUAUAUGACUGAAUGAGGGGAAGAUUGUUUCUAUGAGUGAGUGCUAGGUUAUAGUAGCAAUUAAUUGUUUGUUAUUUCUCUCAUCAAGGAUUGUUACGUCGUGCGUGAACUUCUAAAACUUUCAAUU